GAUAUUAGCUAGCACUCGCUAACGGUAUUCUCUGCUAAAGGGAAGACGGUAACUCAAGAAUAAUAACACCUGGAUUGCUUAAAGGACUGUACCUCAAUAAAUUAUAUAAUUGACCGAGGAAGGGUAAUUAAGCUGAAAAACGUUACAACCGACGUUUAAUAUUUUUUUUGGUUGGGUGUCUGCUGUCUCAUGAUGGAGGAUAACGGUGCACAUUUCUUCGAGGGAACGGAGAAGCUGCUGGAGGUGUGGUUCUCCCGGCAGGAUGAGACCAAAGGAACCGGGGACCUCCGCACCAUCCCAAGGUUUGAGUGGGACAAACUUCUGGAGAAUGUGCAUUGUUUGAUCAUAAGUGUGACAAAGACUGACAAGCAGGAAGCUUAUAUACUCAGUGAGAGUAGCAUGUUUGUCUCCAAGAGACGUUUCAUUUUGAAGACAUGCGGAACCACCCUCUUACUGCAAGCACUGGUGCCUCUGCUGGAACUCGCCAGGGAGUACUGUGGAUUUGAUGCCAUCGAGAAUUUCUUCUACUCCCGCAAGAACUUCAUGAAGCCAACCCAUCAAGAGUUCCCUCAUCGAAACUUCCAGGAGGAAGUGGACUUUCUCAGCCAGAUUUUCCCAAAUGGUGCAGCCUACUGUAUGGGACGUUUGAACUCUGACUGCUGGUACCUGUUUACCCUGGACUUACCAGAGUUUUGGGAGAACAAGCACGCAGAUCAGACGCUGGAAGUUCUGAUGAGUGACCUCGAUCCAGCCAUUAUGGACCAGUUCUAUAUGAAAGAUGGUGUUUCUGCAAGUGAUGUCACUCGUAUGAGUGGAAUUCGUGACCUGAUACCAGGUUCUGUGAUCGACGCCACAAUGUUCAACCCUUGUGGAUACUCAAUGAAUGGAAUGAAGACUGACGGAACUUACUGGACUAUCCACAUCACCCCAGAGCCAGAGUUCUCCUACGUCAGCUUCGAAACCAACCUCUCCCAGACGUCGUACGACGAUCUGGUCCGGAAGGUGGUGGAUGUGUUCAAGCCAGGAAAAUUUGUGACUACGCUGUUUGUCAAUCAGAGCUCCAAAUGUCGCAGUGUCUUUUCUUCUGCCCAGAAACUCGAGGGCUACAAGCGCCUCGACCGCCAGUUGGCUCAAUUCAACGAUUACAAUUUUGUCUUCACAAGCUACGCCAAGAACCGCCAGCAGAACCAGCAGAGCUGAGGGUUGAGGAUGAAGAAGAGGCGUAAAAAGAAAGGCGGCUGCUCGGGGCUCCCCGUCUGCGGCCGUCUUCUUCACCCCCCAGUAGAGAGCUCGACGUCCUCCUCCCCGCCCCCUCUCUCCUGGCUCUGCGAGGUCGCGAGCCCUAGUUUAACCUCCAGUUUGAGUUGUUUGCAUUGUUGUUCCUGUGACUUAGAUCUCUUGCAUGAAAGCUCUUUUCUCUGUCUCGAUAUCCUAGCUCACUCUUGCUGUGAUCUUGAAGUGCAUGUAGAGGAAUUAAACACGCUCCCUUUGCUGCGGCGGCUGCCCGCCCGCGCCCGGUACAACGGCCCCUUCCUGCAGGUCUCCCCCCUCAUCCCGCACAGACAAGGCUUCCGCCCACACUAGGCCAGGGCCCUGACAUGCUCAGAUCAGUCUGCCUCUUUUGUGAGCGUCCCAUCCCUCACACCUGUUACAAACUCAACUCACAAAUUUACUCUAGCGUGACAGUUACAAUCUUUUUUCUUUCUUUUUUUUCAAUAAUAGAGGAGUGCACUUUAAAAAAACGCACAAACCUGUUUACUCAUGGUACGAAAAUGAAGUUGAUUUCAUCAGAUAACUGAAUGUAUAUGUCGUGGUAAGCUUUUUUUGGCCCCAUUCUAAUCGUCGUUACAUCGUCGGGACUCGUUCCUGAGGAAAAAAACAAACGCCAUACUUGCUGUUUUUAAUGUUGCACUGUCAGGUAAAAGGUUUGAAGCUGAUUGGUCAACGUGGAGUUGAAAGACUUCCUGCUUUGCUGGGCUUUAAAGCUGCCUCCCAACACUUGCGCUUUCCACCUCGACAAUCACACACAGCCCCUUUUCUUCAAAUAGACGGCCUUUUUAAAGUUGUAUGUACGUGCGUGUGAAUAAUUUAAGACGUCAAACAUGCGCACUUGGCUACACCCAGGCUCCUUUUUUCUUUUUCUUUCUUUUUUACAGCAUGCUGUAUCUAUAGGAAGCUUCUGGGAUACGCUCAUAUUCAGCACUCAAAUUUUUUUUUUCCCCACACUGGACAUGAAUUGCUUAAAUGGAAAAAUGUUCAAACUGAAUGUAGCACAGGCAGCCUAAAGCGCUGUGUCGCCCCCUCCCCCUCCCCUCUCGUCUUUCGAAUGUACACGUCUCUAGAGAAAAGCCUGGACCAGGUUUUGAGCUGAAUGUACGACUCCAGGAGAGCACACACACCCUCCUCUCUUCCCUCUCUCACACACACACACGUACAGUUGACAAUGCCCUCUGCCGACCGGCUCAUUGUCCAGCUCCCCAGCAGGUCUACCCCCCCACACCCCCCCUCCCUCCACUUUCUGCCAGAGUCAGACCGUCAGCUGGCCCCAGAACCGUGACAUGACAAGAGGUGGCCCUCCUGGCCGCGCCUGCGCCCCCGCUCUCUCUGAAUGGAGAGGGGGGGUAGGUGUGUGGGGUGGGGGGGUGAAUAAUGAAUCAGACACUUUUUUCUGCUUAGUGCAGCGCUUGCCCAGCAAAGCAUUUUUCUUUUUCCCACAUAAUAUCCAUCCUCUCUGUCUCUUUCCGCCCCCAUACAGAAAUCAUGUAAGCACACAAUAGAGGCCCACCAGUCUGAGCAUGCCAGGGUGAUCCCGGAUCAUUCCACAUCUAACCGCUGCAUAAAACUGCCAUUUUAUUAAAUUUAUUGUGCCCAGACGUUUUUUGCAGUGAAUUGGUCGAAAAUGUGACUCCCUUAGCAGUUUCUUUUCUUUUCUUUUUUUUCUUUGUGUUCAGAUCAAUGCCCUUUUGUUUGUCGAGGGGGGGAGAAAAAAAAAAAUCCUGUGACACUAUGGUGCAUGUGACUACUAGUGCCGUGUUGCUUGACAGUGUAAUGUAGCGCCGUCUCUCUUCCUCCCUCUUUUUUUUUUUUUUUUUUUUCCCGUCAGUAGGUCUGUGUGCUUCACCUUCCUCUUGUUAUACCAGUUGAAGUGUAGUUUAAACUGCCACAUCCAGAUGUUUUGGAUAGGUGGGAUUUUUUUAAGUGGUUGGUUAACUUGUUGUUCUUUUUAAGUGCUAAAAGCAGGUAAAGUUUCUCAUUUAUGACUCAGUGAGAGCUUUGUCAGGCGUCCACGUUUCACGUUUCACCAUGCUUCUUCUGCCAGAGAAUGCAGUUUGAAUUUUCGAAGCGGAGAAGACCCUGCUUUCAGCUACAUGUUUUUUCUUUUUUUUUUUUUUUUUUUUUAAAGAUAUAAAUGAUGUUUGCAGCAUCACCUGUAACGGCGUGCUCAUCGCCUUUUUUUUUUUUUCUUUUUUUUUUUUGGUGCUCCGGCUGCUAGUUGGACCAGUGGAUAAAUUUGAACAGUUCCUGUGAGAACUAGCUGUGCAGUUGACAUUUUAGAAUAGUUUCCCUUUAAGUUUGUCUAUUAAUGGCUUUUUGGAGUGGUUUCAUUAUUUUUCUGAGGACCAAUCUCUGCUCUUAUGUGAACUGCUGCCAGAUGAUUCAGGUGGUGUGCAGCGACUGUUACAGGUCCUUUUUUUUUUCUUUUUUUCUUUUUUUUUUGUGAAGUCACACAUUUAGGGAAUUUAAACCAGCACUGUUUUCAAAAAUACUGUAAGCAGUUAAAUGCUAACUGUUCUUUAGCCUCGUUGGUGUGGAUCAUUGCUAUUUUGUUUUAUUUUUAUACAGUGAACUCAAUGCAUUUUUGCAGUUGAAUGGUUAUAGAAUUUUUUACAAAAAGAUAUUUUGUAUUUUUCUGCGGACCAAUCUUCCUUUUUUCUCUCUCUUCCCCUUUUGUCCAAAUGUUUUUUUUUUUGCUGUAAAACUCGUGUUCAAAGCAGUUUGUUGUGAAGGUAAGGGAUGACGUUCUCAAAGCUGACUGAACCAUGUAGCUCUAUAUAUUUUUUUUUUCCCACUUUCCUUUUCUUUGUGAGUCUUUCACUCAAAAAGGCUUCAGAGGAAAGGAAAGUAAGAAAAAGCCUCCCCUGGAUGAGAGAGGAUACAGUUGCAGGAUGUAUCAGGAUGUACUGAAGGAGAAACUUUGCUGUUCUAAUUCUUUCUUUUGCUGUUCCUUGGUGAUGGUCAAGAUGUGCUAAAUAUAUCUGUGCUACGAGCUUGAUGCUUCAAUAAAGAUAAAAACUUAUCUG